AAAAAAAAAAAAAAUCCAAACCAAAACAUAAGAGACACACAGACGGAUGGACGGAGAAACGGCAAGUGUUCCGCUAAAACGCGACAUCAUGGUCGGAUUGUUCUUCUAGCAGCCGCGGCUUCUUUCAUUCCUGCUUUUACUCUGUGCUUUUUAUUUACUUAUUUUCUCGCUGGGUUUGUUUGUUUAUUUAUUUGUCUGCCUAUCGAUUGAUUGCGUUUUAAUUACAGAGCGCGAGGGAGGAGGAGCGUCGGGGGCCAUGCGCGCGACUCGUCUUUUCUGACCAUUUUUUUGUUUGUUUUUGUUUUCUUUUUUUUUUUGUUGUUGUUGUUCCCUCAUUCUUGUGUAUAUUUAUUCGCCAAGCUAUUUUAAAUGCGACGUUUUGUGCGCGCGCGUCCAUAUUAGCCUACAGCCCCCUCACGCCACGGUGUAAAAGAGAAGGAGCGCGUGCAGCUAUGACCAAAUCAGACCAAAUAGUUCAGAAAUAAGACUUGUUUGUGAUAAAUGUUGUCUUUUUUUGUGGUGUUCAGAGGAAAACCAAAGCUAAACCCGACCGGGGCGAUAAUAUGCCACAGGAAUAUUCAGGCUCGACUGUUCUCAGCUUUUUUUGUUUUUUACAGGAGGAGUGAGAGGAUAAAAUAAGCUCCAGAGGGGGGCCUUUAUAUGUUUACUCAAGGAGAAAGCUUUAGCAGAACGAGGACAGGUGAAACAGCCUUUAUUGUUGUUGUUAUUAUUAAUAAUCUAAACUUGUAAUUGUAAAACUUUUCAUGUAGCUGCAGAAGUUGAUCUCUCGAUCCGUCUGUGUUCAGCUGCGCUUCAAGGGACCAUCCUUAUGUUCUAUGCACAUAUAGGCUACACCAAAAACAAAUCUAGAUCUAUAUGCCGAGCACCAGUCCACAAGCGUGAAUAAUAAUUAUUUAAAAAAGGAGAGGAAGAAAAAAAAAAAGAAAGAAAAGUGCGCAGCAGCUGUGGGGCUACAUGUGCGCACACACCCAUCCAGCUCCAGCAGCCGAGUAAAUCCCCAAAGCUGUCUGCCGGAGAGUCGGACCGAGGAGAGGAGGCUUCGGAGGAGGACGGAGCUCGUCCCGGUUCUUGUGUCCGAUUCUUUGCGUCCAGACGAGGAGGACCAGCAAGGAGGAGGAAGAUCAUGUUUGUUCCCCUGCCGGUGCCGUUCGUGUUUCAGAGAACCGCCCCUGACCUCAACGCCUGGCGUCUCAAGUCCCCCCUGGCUCUCCGCUCCAACUCCGAGUCAGAGCGGAAUGGACCUGAAUCAAAUCACCAGGCUCAUUCUAUGAAAAUCAGCCCCUUUCCUCUGUCACCAAACCUGAACAGCAGCAAGAAUAAGAUGGAUGAGUGUGCUGAAAUGUCCCCAGGCCUUCCUCCUUCUCAUGGCCCGACCCCCUCCCAAACAGCCCUGCAGCACACGCAGCUCAUGCUGACAGGCUCGCAGCUGGCAGGGCUGACAGCUUUACUGCCGGCGCAGCAGCAGCUGCUGCUACAGCAGGCUCAGGCGCAGCUCCUGGCCGCCGCCGUGCAGCAGUCCAACGCAGCCCACGCCGCUCACGCCGCUCACGCCGCCGCUCAAGCCAAUCAGCAAGCUCAGGCAGCUGCGGCGGCAAAUCAGCAGGCCCAGCAGCAGCAGCAGCAGCAGCAGCAGCAGCAGGCGGGACAGACAGGGCAGCAGCUGCAGCCUCAGGGACAGGGACAGAGCACACAGGAACCAAACAGCCAAAGUGUCCCUGUCCCUCCACCUCAGCUCACCCUGUCCCAGCCGAUCCAGCUCACAGCCCAGGACAUUCAGCAGCUGCUGCAGCUUCAGCAGCUGGUGUUGGUGCCUGGUCACUCGCUUCCAUCACCAGCCCAGUUUCUCCUCCCCCAGGCCCAGCAGGCCCAGCAAGGACUUUUAUCAACACCAAAUCUUAUUCCGCUACCUCAGCAAAACCAAGGGAGCCUCCUCUCUGCUCAAACUAGAAUGGGACUCCAGACACAGGUGCAGCGAGAUAAGAGCGUGGACGUGAGUGGCAGCGGAGGUGUGACCACGGUGCCCCCCGUGACCUCUCACCCCGAUGAGCCCAGUGACCUGGAGGAGCUGGAACAGUUCGCCCGCACUUUUAAACAAAGACGCAUCAAACUGGGCUUUACACAGGGAGACGUAGGCUUGGCGAUGGGGAAACUGUAUGGCAACGACUUCAGCCAGACCACCAUCUCUCGCUUCGAAGCUCUCAACCUGAGCUUUAAGAACAUGUGCAAGCUGAAGCCGCUGUUAGAGAAGUGGCUUAAUGAUGCAGAGACMAUGUCCAUAGACAGCACCCUGCCCAGUCCGAGCUCCCUGUCCUCACCCUCUCUGGGCUUCGAUGGGGUUCCAGGUCGCCGCAGGAAGAAGAGAACCAGCAUCGAGACGAAUGUACGCGUGGCUCUGGAGCGAGCAUUUAUGACGCCCUAGCAGCCAGUGGUGGCCAGCUGCCUCUUUCCACUCUUGAAGGCGGAAGCAAGGUGAUGCUGGGGGCCACCGGGGGCCAAGGAGGUGGCCUUCCCUCCUCCCUCUUCCUCAACCACCCCACCCUCCUCCACAUGGGCCAGAACCCCGGCGCUGGACUGAUCAGCGCCGCCGUAGCCAAAGUGUCCCAGGCCUCCCCGUUCCCCUCAGCCAGCAGCAUCAGCCCCACACCCUGCUCCCCGUCCCCCUGCUCCAGCCCCGCCUCUUCCUGCUCCUCCAGCGAAAUGGCACACAGCCCGUCCUCCCUGGGCGGGCCCAAGAUCGAGUGACCACACCCGGGGCCAAUCAGAAAGGAGGAGAACGGAGGAACCUCGCCUUUCACACCAAAGCUAUCUCUUUCUCUCUCGCGCGCUCUUCUUCCAUUGUUUUAGUUUUAGCUUUACUGCAAUGGCUCUCUCCCUUCUUUUCUCCCAGUCUUUCAAUGCCAAAAAUACACAGAAUGAAAGAGGAGAGAAGGAGGGAAAGAAGAAGAGAGAAGGGAGGAAAGAGGAAGAUUGAAACCAAAAAUCUUUAUCUAUCCAAACAGAUGAAACAGAGACAUCGUGGGACAUUUUUGUCUGCGAUAUCGGCAUGGCACGCCUCCACUCUUUCUCUCUGAAGGAAAAAAAAAAAAAAACCAGUGACUUUUUAAUAAAGAGUUGGAAGAGACGGCGGAUCUGCAUGUCGAAGUGCAUAAACCAAAAAUGACAAAAGAUAACUUUACGAGAAGACAUGGGAAUGGUGUCAUGGACAAAACAAAAAAAAAAGGAAAAGAAGAAGAGAAGGACUAUGCUUACGUGCUUUUUCUUUUUUUUUUAACAAUGUUAUUUUGCAAAGCUGUGGGUUUGAAAGAAGAAGAGCAGGGAGGAUACGUUUAAACCAAAAAUUUACCUGAGGAGGAGGCGGCGGACGAAUACACAGUGACAAAAAAAAAGACCAAAAAAAAUGACAAGCAUACCAAAAUCACAAAUACCAAAAACCAAAAAUACGGAGAGAAAAGCUUUAUUCAAAGGACGUGUAAAUACUGAAGCUAUCCAGGACCAGGACUCUACUGCAACACACACACAUUUACACACAAACAUGAAGAACCAGCCCAUCCUGUCAUCGACUCAUCCCGUCUGUGUCAGCUCAUGUGUGUCUGAUAUUUUGUACGAUCAUUUUUUUAAAAUAUUGUUGCAUUUUUGUCAUGAACGUUUGCUAGAACUGCUGUCUCUUUACCUACCUCUGGUUAUGAGAGCAUAGAAUAGCGCACAUUUCUCCUCUUGGGUCAGAAAAUCCUGUUAUUUUUUGACAAAAGUGUAGUUUGAGAUGUGUUUUCCUAUUAUUUAUUAGUUUCCUUUUACAAUUCAGCUCCUAUUUAUUGUUGUGCUCGAUUGUAGUUUUAGCUUUGCUAUCACUGUCAUCAUCCUUGUUUUCAUUUGUCUUCAUUUGUACCAUCAGCAUCAUCAUCAUCAUCAUAGUGUAUUUGUGACAUGACACCCCUUCAGGAACACAGAUGACGAAUGUGGUCGAUGCUCAUCUCGGUCCUCACCAAGUGCCGAUAGUUUGCAGAUCGAGUUGGCACACUUCGUGUUGAUUUCAGGGCGUGAAUGAAUUCAUUACGACGCAAAACAUUUUGCUCACUUCAUCUGCGCUCCACUUUUAAACAUUAUUACCCAGAGGCUCCGUGGCUAAAUGAACACGCCCUGGAAACUUCACACACUGAAAAUGUUUGUUAGCAGAGUGGAGACCCGUUUUCCAAAGUAUGAAAUGGGGCUGAUUGUUGAUAGAAAGAAAUCACCCUUGAGGCCGAGGGCUAAAUAAGUCAAUAAAGCCAAGUUUAGUCACAGCUGGCUCUGAUUCCUGCCUCGUCAAUCAGCGCAGACGGCCUCCCACACCUUGUAUGUCUCUGUGCGUUUACUGACAUUUGUCUGUUUCUCCAUCAUCGCUCACAUCUCACUGCCAUUUUCCACCUCGCACUGCCAUUAAUCCUCAAAUAGAUACCAAAGCAUUAUCAAGGCAGGGCUCUUCUUAAGCCUGAGCCGAGACAUAAACACAAUAAAGACUCACUGGUGGUGGUGGGAGCAGAGGUCUGGUGGGGGCUGAGAACAGGAUGUUACCACUGCAAAGGCCCCCUCACUUCACCCCUUUUUGGUGAAAUUCCCUUUCACCUGCUCUGUCUAAAAAUGCACGGGGGAACUGAUGUUCCACUCCCCCCAACAAAGACGGGGUGAAGGGAGCAGGUGUCACACCUUUUUUUUAAGAGGAUACCAAAAACAAACCCAUACCAAAAAAACAAACAAACCAAGGAAUGACAAGAAGCAAACCAAAAAUAACCCAAACCAAAUGUGGCUGGAGGGAGGAGGGGAGGAGGACAAAGUGCUGAAGGAUCGGACGACGCCUGCCUGUCCGUCUCUUAGCUUUAGGGCUGAAACUGUGGACAGAGGGACGAAGACGCAGACGAAGGACAGACUGUUCCUCCCCUCCUCUACCUCCCUCUCUCCAGCUCAGCCCUCUGGUCCUGGAUGGAGAUAAACGCAAAUGACCUCACUGAACUGAAAUCCUUAUUUUAAAAAAAAGAAACCUUUGAUUUGAUUUUGUUGAUCGGUUCUGAUUGUUUUAUCUCUGCUGUGUCUCUUGAUGCCGUUUUACGUACUGUACUUUUAGUGCUUAUUAUUACUUAUUUGGAAUAACGUACUCGCUUACUUAUUACUACAAGAGCUCCUUAUUUUUUUCGUAGUUGUGCUAGAGAUUUUUAUUAUCAGGUGGUUGGGGGGAGGGGGGGAGAGAAAAAAAUACUGUGAAAAUUUAGCUUCCAGAUUUUUAUUAGAUAAAGAAACAGACUGUUUUGGCAGGAAACAUGUUUUUUUAAAAAGGAAAAACACAAAAGCCAAAUAGAAAAAAAAAACACGUUUGAACCGCAAAAUCUCGAAAUCGUCAAACCAAAUACCGAAGCAAACCAAACAGAGCUGCUCUCUCAACCCUGGGGGGAGGGGAGGGCGAAGAAAUGGCUUGAUCUGUCUUAGGUGCGACUGUGCGUUUUCUGUAUGUAAGUGUUAGAGACUUAAAAACGAGUCGGGUCUGCAGUGAUGUCUUGUAAUUUAAAAAAAAAUCCCAAAGACUAAAAACGAUGCUUUAAGAAUACCCUCACAGCGAAGAUUU